AGUGCCAUCCCAACCAGCUCAAAACACAAGCAAUCAAUGGCGGUUGCAGCGAUCGCCCUCUCCCUCCUCCUCGUCGCCGUGGCGCCGGCCGCCGUCACCUGUAGCGAGGAGCUUGCUGCAGUGCUCCGGUGCCACCCGGCGCCGGCGCUCACGGACGCAUUCCGCGCCACCGUCCUGCCCCUCCUCGCCGCCCUCCCCUCCGCAGCCGCGCCGACAGGCUUCGCCUCCCUGCACUCCGACGGCGCGUUCGCCCGGGGGGUCUGCUUCGGCGACUCCACCACGCUGCCUUCAGGCUCCGAGUGCGCCCGGUGCCUGUCCGACGCCGCCAGGAACCUCACCGCCGGAUGCGGUGCCGCCAGCCGCCGAGCCGGCAUCUUGAGCCAACGCUGCUCGCUCUGGUACGCCGACACAAACUUCUCUUCGCCCGGCGAGGACGCCUUCCUAGCGCGCUUCCGCCUCGCGCUCCCUGCUUCUUCUGACUCUGAGACCAGCACCGGGGUCUACUCCGCCGGCCUGCACGAGGAGCUCCGAGCUUGUCGCCAUGGUGCAGCGCUCGGCCGGAAGGCUCUCCAGGCCGGCGAUGCCGUCCAACACGCGCGUGGUUCACAAAACCAUCGUGGAGAGAGGCUGCGGCUACGACUACGCCGUCGUGAGAAGCACGGUCCACGUGCGGGUGCAUUGCGCCGGCGACCUCACGGCGGCGGACUGCGGCCGGUGCGUGCAGCACUCGGUGGAGGCCAUGGGCUGGGACCUCGACGUGGCCUGCGGCGAUGGUGGCGCGGCGGCCGCGGUGGUGGGCUUCAACUGCCACGUUCAGUUCGAGGUCUCCACCGCACUGGUGCCGCGCAACGACCAGAGUGACGACCCCAGCUACCACAGCAGCCUUCUCCGUGUAGGCCUUCUAGCUUUCAUCAUAGCCAACUUGAUUUUGACUGCUGCACUCCUUCUCCUUCCUUCUCGCCGUCGCCGGUGAAGACAAGACAACACCGGCAGGGAGUAUCUUCUUAACUAUCUCCAGAGGGUCGGUGACAAAGAUGAUGAGAAGCGAGAAACAGGCUACAGCAAUUAAUCCGCCAUUUAAGAUCAAGAGUGUUAAUCAGUCGUUAUUUUCGCCACCUUUUCCUUUUCUGUUCACCAGUAGUGUUCGAGAACAGUGUAUGUGGAUGGUCCAUCGGUAGGUGCAUGCAUGGCUGCCUACUCCUGUGUUAAUUUCGACUAGCUAUGUAUGCAUGUCGUACUGAGUUGUAGCAGUAAUUGGUUAAUAAUCAGGCAUGCAAUGCAAGAUUGGCACCCCA